CAGCUUUCCACACAUAGGAAUACAUAGAAGGAAAAUGUCCUCACAAAAAUCAGAUUUUCAUAAUAAUUCGUGACGCUGAGUAAAACUUUACACGGCCCAGAAAUACGGAUUCAACUUCAACUGAAGAUGGAGCGACGAAAGCGAUCGGCCAAUCAGGAGCCAGUCAUUGUUCUGGAUGAGGAGGAGAAAAUGGAGCCAAUUCACAAACUGCUGAAACUUGACCGUGACAAGGUCAAAACUAUCCAAUCAGAGAUGAGAACAAAAGGCCUCGUCCUGUCACAAACCUGGUCUGAUUUGUACAGUUUGAUGUCGCGAUACCAGGCUGAACUCAUUACAAGAGAGGAUCAGUUAAUUGACAUUGAAAGUCAGCUUGAUGCUCAAAGAAAUAUUGCCAGAGACAAUGAGUUAGAAAGAAUGAAGUUACAGAUGCAGGCAAAGGACAGGGAAAUUAAAACUAUUCACAUGGACAUGUUAAAUAAGUCUGAGUUACUGGUGAAAACGCAGAAUGAACUUGGGCGAGUGAAAUGCCUUCUGCGAUCAAAGGAUGAUUUGAUUCGGAAACUUCAGUGUGAGGUGAAGGUGGAAGAAGACUCUGUGAUGGCCGGUGAUUCUCCUGCAGAACAAGUCUCAACAAAGACUGCCACGUCUGCGACCAGUUCAUCUGGGACAGGGACAGACACAAGUUCCCUGAUUAUUGAACAAACACAUUUAGAAGAACAUGUUCAAACAAACUUUUCACGUUCAGGGAGUGAUGACUCUGGUACAGGUGCUGAAAAAACUGAUGCAAAAUAUCAAGUCUCUUCAUCAAAUGAUGAAGAGACAGACUCAUUCUUGCCAUUGGAGUCUGACGUGGCAACUAUAAACAUUCCUGGACAGGAUAGUGGCGUGUUAGAGGAGGUGCAGCCUGGGACAUCGGCGACAGAUGACACAGGACAGGUACGGCAACCAAACAAGGACCCACCAAGCACAACCAGCAGCAGGAACGAGUCAUUCACUAUAACCAAGAGCCUCCCAACACCUGAGAAACACAAACCCAUCAAACCAUGGAGGAAAGACCACCUGGUGACACCCUACUCUCACACCAUUGGAUUACACUCGAUAUACCCACGGUCACGGGUCCCCGUCUCACAGAUCGGUAUCCCAGAAUUCCGUCCUAGAGCUGCGUGGGAUUUCCUGAAGAAGGAACAUAAAUGCAGCCACUGUGGGAAAGUGUUCUCACGCAAUUAUAACCUGCAGCGUCACAUCCGGAUCAUGCACCGCGGCGACCGACCGUAUGGAUGCCACAUCUGUGGGCGCCGUUUCUCGCUGAAACAUAACUGGCAGAAACACACCAUGACGCAUCAUUUGGACGAGGCAGGGAGGCUGUGUUUGUUGGAGCAGGAGCAUGAUGAGGAGACGGACGAGAUGUCGGGGCAGUGUAAGGUUGAAUCACCGGAGAGCUCGCAUGAUUCGGGGGAAGAAGGAAUUGCAACAUAGGGGUGCAUGAGGAAAAGUUAGAAAGAUUGCAUGUUUAUUAUAACUAUACUAAUAAGACUGUUAAUCGUUCAGAGACUUCGUGAAAUCAUAUCUCAAUUUUACAGUUUGAUAAAUUCAGGUACAAGUCAGUGAGUUAAUAUAGGAAUGCCAGAUUAUGCCAGUCAGUUUGAAGUACCAUAUGUUUACUGUGAUUUAUAUUGAAGUUGCUGUGAAUUUUUGUUCUAGAUUUAUGUCGACAUUCAAUUCUGUUUUUGCAUAUCCUCCAUAUACAUUUGUAGUUUAUACAUGUUAAAAUUGCUAGUUGUAAUGUUAUGGGGCAACAUGUGCAUUGUUAGAUGGUACUUGUUUCUUCAGUAAAGGUGAUAUUUGUGAUGUAGUUUAAUGGAAUUACAACAUAUGAGUCAGAGGUACACCCUCCGGAUUAGCUGAGGGGGGGGGGGGUGGUCAGUUAGCGUGAAUGGGCUUAACCUCUCAGUGAUUCUAAUUAGUCUCCCUGUGAUAGUGUCUCUCUUUGAAUUAGUUGGCAUCAAUGCGGGUUAACGAGUUGUGAUAUAUUGGAAAUGAAUGGAGUUAGCAAAGGGUAUUAAAAAUUGUAUUGAUGUUAUUCACUGUAACUCUAGUUCACUGUCAGAUGCAUCUUCUGGCCCCUGUAAGAUGUCAAUUAUCACAAUUCCUUGAGUCAAGUUGUAUUUAUUGGUUGAGUAUGAUGUGAUUAAUAACCUUGCUGUUGUAGGACUGUGAUUGAGGUGAAGGUCGUUAUCGAACCAUGUUGUUCAGCUGAGAUUGUUAAGAUAAUGUUAGUUAGAUUUUGUGGCAAAAUAGUUAUCUCUGAAGCACAUGUAGGUAACUAUCAAGAUUAGUUAUCUCUGAAGCACAUGUAGGUAACUAUCAAGAUUAGUUAUCUCUGAAGCACAAGUAGGUAACUAUCAAGAUUAUUUAUCUCUGAAGCACAUGUAGGUAACUAUCAAGAUUAGUUAUCUCUGAAGCACAUGUAGGUAACUAUCAAGAUUAUGAAAAAAUGUCAAGUAAAUUUAAGACACAUCAGCACAUCUAAGCCAAUACCACAACCCACCAAGACAAAUGGCUCCUGUUGAUAAGGACUGACAUUGGAAUGGUUCUAAUUGGAGUAGUCAGGGUCACAUGAUGGACAGGACUAACUAAAGUUAACAGCAGAAGGUUGUUCGGUUGUGCAUGCAGGGUAAUGUAAAAGGUCUUGAGGUUAUAAGUUGUCUAUUAAGUUUUACAUAAGUUUAAAUUACUCAUGACUGAAAUCUGUACCUAUUUUAAGUUAUGCUUGUUGUGUUCCAAUGAUUUGUUUGUAUAAUUAUGUUAAAUCAUAGUGUUGAUGUUAUUUAUAUUU